UUAGUUUACUAUACUUAAUUACUUAAAUAAAAUUUAAAGCCUUACUUUUAAUUAAUAAAUAUAUAUUGUAUAUACUUUAUUAGUAUUUAUUCAGUAUUAUAGUAUAAGUUAAAAUAUUUAUUUCAAAUAUGAUUAAACAAUUGACAAUAACGUUGUGUUUAAUUUUAUUUAUGAUUGAAUUAGCACAAUGUGUUUAUGUCCAAAUAAAAACAAAUGACAUACAAUAUCCCAAAACUGAUAUUAUUACGGGUCCUAUUAGAUCACUUGAAUUCAUGUGCAAUUGUGAUUAUGACACGGAUGAAACAAUCAGAUCAGUUAGCCUGACAUUCAAUGGUAAACGUUUGGCUACAUUGAACAACCCUGCUAAUGAGACAAAAAUAUCUCCCGAAAUAAAUAUUGCUGAAAUAUUUAAACUGACUAAACUCCGAAAACAAGCCGCCCAUUUAGACAAAUGUGAAAUUACAGUCAUGUUAUUUAAUGUAAGCCGAGAUUCAUUAGGCGACUACCGGUGCGAAGUUAACUACAACGGCAACAAAAUUGCCAAAUCAUUGAUGUACUACACGACUACCCGCUGGUCAAACAAUAGCCUCUAUUUUAUUGAAUAUCACAAUAACAAUGCCAUCGCAUAUAAAUUAUCUUUUGUUUUAUCAUUAUUUUCAAUUCUUACAUUUGUAUUAUUUAAAUAAGUAAUAUAAGUAUAUACAGUAUUAUGUCUUACUUAAAAUUUUGUA